AGCGUGCUUCUCGUGUUUGAAGGAAGCAGCGCUGCCGGUAUUUGCUUAGUUAUUUUUACCUUUUGCCGCAAUAAGUAAUUGUAUUUCAAUAAAUUGAUAAGUUGUAUUUCAAAUAGUAAUUUUGUAAAAAUAAAGUGUGUGUAGGUGAAAAACAUAUAAACAAUUAAAUUGGUAGAGACAACAAAAUUAUAAUGUAUAACAAUGUUUUGCUUUCACUGGCCAUGAGCUUAUUACCAGUGCUGGCCAUUGGUUUUGUGGUAUUCCUAGUGAUUUAUAAAAUUUACAUAAAAAUUCGUUCACGUUUUAACAUCACUGUCAACUGUUGGUUUUGCAAUCACAAUACAAAGGUCCCAUAUUUGGAGGCGAAUAGCUGGGUAUGCCCCUCGUGUGAACAAUAUAAUGGAUUUGAUAAAAAUGGAGACUAUAAUCGGGAGAUCUAUGAACAAUUGGACUGCAGUGGGAUAUCGGAAAAACGUUUCAAUAUCAGCCAGCCGCCGUACAUGUUUCCGCCAAAGGCCUCAACCAAUGGCUUUUGUGAGAUGUGCAAUGAGUCGCAACGUUUAAAAGUGGAAAAAUUGGCACAAUUCGAGCCGAAAAAUGAAUCCCACUUUGAUGAGGAAUUAAAAGUUUAUCAGGCCCAACUGGAGGAACAAUAUCGCCUGUGUUCCACAUGUGAUCGUCAUUUGAACAGGGUAUUGCGUGAGAAAAAGAAAAUGGUAUUGGGUUCGAAAUUUUUGGAUUUCAUUAUCAAAGGAGCGGAAACACUUAAACAACCCCAUCUCAAUCAGAUCGAACAUGCCAUACAACAGACCAGGAAACAAAGAAUACGCACUUGCAUUACCCUAUUGACUGCUGUAAAUAUUUGUUGUCUUUUUAGUUCAUUGCCCGGCACAUUAAAGAGAGAACAUUUAACAAACCUACUGGGCGAUAGAAUGGGCGAACCCAUAUUUCUAUUGGCCUCACACAUUAUUGCAUUGUUCAAAGUAUUCGGUUCCUAUUUCGAGGUGAUAAGGCAACAUGAGUUUGUCAUGAAGAUGACAUUGUUUUCCAGAACAAUUUUCAUGAUGUUGAUGUAUUCGUUGGGCCUAAAAGUGCAUCAUCUUAGUUUUACUUCAUUAUUUGUGAGUGCAUAUCCCUUUGUCCUUUUGGCCCUGGCAUUUCUGCACAAUGUGGUGGAUGGCUUCCAUUUGAGCAGGCACACAAGUCUAGUGGUGAUUUGGAGCUUAUUUGCUGGUGGUUUUAUUGAUGCAAAGUUUUUUAUGGUGCAGCCGGAAGUGUUGAUGUUGCUUGCCUCUUUGGUCACCUUUACGAUGACGUUUACUGCCAGACCGGAUCCCUCGCCCAAACUACAUGACAACACUGCCAAUAGUUUUCACAAAAUUUAUUCCGAAGAUUAUCUAAGUGAUGAUGAAACCAUGAGCUUGCUAAGCCAACAGCUCAAUGGAAGCUGUGUCUCUAUGCGUAGUGUAAAAUCAAACAAAUCAUUCCGUGUGCCAUCACCACCGCCCCUGAAACAACAACAGUUUGGCAUAAACACCUCACCACGUUUAACAAAAUCACCUUUGACAUCAUCGACGUUUUCGCUCAAUCAAAUGCCCAGAAAACAAAUCUCACCCAAUACCAGUUUUCGCAGUUAUGCCGGGGAAGAUAACCAAACAUUACGCCCGGUUUUCGCCACACCCAUGCCAAUGCCCCAAUCCCGCCAAGGUUUAUUUGCCUCCGACUUGCAGCUGAACAGCAGACCGCAUCGUACUGCUUCAGUUUUUGGUUCGAAUACAUCCAUGCAUAAUGGAAAUGUCUUUAAUAACUCAUUUGUGGAACCAAGAGAGCAAUCCAGAUUUGCUAAUCAAACCCAAGAGCGUGAGGCAUCAUUCUUCACUGCCGCAAAUAAUUCCUCGACAUUUGCCACAGAUCAGACCUUCGUUCAACCUGCAACGCAUAUCACUUCGGGAAUUUUCUCGCCUUUUUCUGCCUCCACAAGUGCGGUUUAUCAACAAAAUAGUGCACAUGCAACUCCCAGACCUGCCCGCUUACUCUCGCCAACUAGGUUUAGUACGAACAAUAACUCCUCCCAGGCAUCAUGGCUUUCUGGAGGCUAUUUUAAUCAAAGGCAGUCUAUGGCCGAAAUUCCCAGAACCACUGGGCUGCUUUUGCAAACGGCUGCAGACCCCUUGACACCAAUGGAUGAGGGUCUUUCCCGAGCCUCUUCGCACUCGUCGGGGUUUGAAUCACAAAAUGGAGGUGGUCGCCCAUUGUCGCGCGAGAACUCUUUAUGUCCAGACACCCCAAAUGAUUAUGGCAGUCAACGCACUACAACUAUGGCUAACAUACUCAGCUUUCAGCCCAUAGAUUCUCCCAGUCUGGGUGGUUUUUCACCCCGCCCUUCUGUUUUGUCAAAUCCCUCCCUGCACACAACAAGCAGCCAAAUGAAUGGUGGCUGCUUAUGGCAACAAUCCGCAUUCUCCCGCAGACCUAUUAACAGCACAAGCUCAGUGUUUUCAUCACGCAACACAGUUGAUUCCUUCAAUCUGGGUAAAAUUAAUGAGGAGUUGCCCACACUUAAGCGUGGCGACUUAUUUCAGCAAUGGAAACAAGGGCAAACCAUAUCUUGAUACCCAGCCAGCGAAUGCUGAAUAGACAAUUGCUCUCAUCCUAAUAUUCUCAGCAGCUAUCGCGUUCAGUAGAGUGCAAGUUAGUUGUACGCUUUUUUUUAGCUAUAAUUCUUUUUUAGGUUUUAAACAAAAAAAUUGCUUGUUGAGUUUUGUACAGCAGAGACGUUUUAAAAAAAUAUUUUUGGACGUUUAGUAAUUAUAACAAAAAAAAUUUAUUUUUAGUCAUUAAUUUAUGAACGUAUUGCCUUAAGUUAUAAUUUUUUUU